AGACACGCAAACGCAAACACCCAAAUGCCGCCCUGCUGAUAAAGCCCCAAAGUCGAAGGCAAAGGGCCGUACCUUACGUUCUAACGCCGGGGAUAAGCUUGACGGAAGCAUGGAUGAUAAGGAGUCGAUAGUAUUGUCGCCUCCAUCUCGGCCGCAAGAUCUCACUGCCACUCGUGAGACAGUAGGCUCCCCAAAAUCGGCCACGACAAAGACACGUAGAUGCUCUCCGCGUAAUGCGGCCUCCUCGUCGUCCCCCAUCGAGGAGAAGAAGCGCCGCAGUGGUCGACAAAAGCCGCGUCAGGUAGUGGCCAAAGCGGAAGCAACUGGAGAAACCAGUCCCUUGGGAUCAUCUACGAGAUCGCCGACAGGUCCAGGGACGGAGAACUCAAAAUCAAAGGCUCGGCCCCGUCCUCAUCAACGCGAUGCGGUGACAACAAAAACCACAGAUCUAUCGCCGUCUCCAGAUGUAGACGCAGACUUGCCUUCGCUGGAAGACUUGUUAGGCCUGAAUUUGGAACCCAAACCUUCAACGCGUGGUUCGCAUGCUGAACAAUCAAAAUCCGAAGUUAACAGGAAAGCGCCUCCAAAGAAUGAAACAACUACUGCCCCCCAACCGACAGAGACCUCUCCAGGCAAACCAGCGAAACGUCGUCAACCGCGAACGUCACCGAGACACACGUACUCGGUAACAACUCAGAAAGGAUCCUGGAGAGCGGAGGGAACUCCAGAUGACGAGCCGAAUACCGACCAGAAAGGAAAUACAAAGUCUUCCAACCCGUCGACAGCUUCCGAAAAGAGCAACAAGAAGAAGCCUUCACGAGUAGACAUUAUUGAUUUGACGUAGGAUUUUGGACUUCUCUAUAUUUCCAUCUUUUUGUUUUUCUUGGAAGGCGUUGGUGGAGUCCUUGUCCCUAGGACGAUUACGUUCCCUUUGGGCGGUGGGAGUCCAUCUGCUCUUCAAUUGGACAUUCCGCGUUUCACGAGUAUCUAUUUUUUGAAUCCUCUUGCAUAGAUGACAGAUACAGUGCUGGAUAAUUGAUUGGUCAUAGUCGGAUAAUACUACUGGUAGCACCAGAAAAGCAAUGCCGCACGUGCACGUUUCCAUGUCUAAAUUGCCUGUAUGCAUUCUACCUAUUCUAAACUAGACUAAUAAUAUAGUUACCAAGUGAACGUCUUACAUCACAGAUACCAUCUAGACGGGGAAGCGAAUCGAAAUACCAGAGACUUACUCCACUUCGAGAACUAGCAAUAUCUAUUUACAUUACAAGAA